GGAGAGCCGGCUAGCCGAGGACCGCAAGCUUGGGACCGCGAGCUGGCGCCAGAGGCAACAAGGUUGGAGCGUGGCUUUGAAGUCGCCUCAGCUACCACCAUGAGCGGCCGAAGUCGAGGUAGAAAGUCCUCCCGAGCCAAAAGCCGGGGCAAAGGCCGCGCCAAAGGCCGAGUUCGCGCUGCUCCUGACCACGGCCCGCACGAGCCGGACCCUCCGCAGUGCCAGAGGCUCGGGGAGGAAACCCAAGCAGCACAGGUGCAGGCUGACGCGGGUUGGGGUGGCCUGGAAACCGCUGCGCCCGCGCCGCCCUGCGGGCCGGGGGAGGAGGCUGCCUGCCAGCUCCCGCUGGACUGCGGCCUCGCGCUCCGAGCGGCGGGGGAACGCGGGCAGGCUGCGACCAGGCUCGGCCUGGGGAAGGCCCCAUCCAUUUCGGAGCGCCUGAUGACAGAUACUGUCUUCGUAGGAACCGCGGGAACUGUGGGAAGGCCGAAAAAUGGCCCCCGCGGUCGAAAUCUGCGUGGGCGUGCUGGGAAGAAGGCCCCAGUGGGGAAGGGGCCUUUGCAGGCCAUAGCUGGUGGGAAGCCAAAGAAAGGGACCGCUGGGGAGUGUGCGUCUGCCCCAGUGGUAGAGGAAGAGGAGGUGGAGCCGGAUGCAGGGUCAGUCCCCCCGGCGACGGAUGGCAGCAUGGAUACGCUGGAGACCGUCCAGCUGAAGCUGGAGACCAUGAACGCCCAGGCAGACAGGGCCUAUCUCCGUCUAUCUCGCAAGUUUGGGCAGUUGAGACUGCACCACCUAAAGCGAAGGAACCUCCUCAUCCAGAAUAUCCCGGGCUUUUGGGGGCAAGCGUUUCAGAGCCACCCCCAGCUAUCAUCCUUUCUGAACAACCAAGAUAAAGAAGUACUCAGCUACUUGAACAGCUUGGAGGUGGAAGAGCUUGGCCUCGCCAGACUGGGCUACAAAAUCAAGUUCUACUUUGGGCGCAACCCCUAUUUCCAAAACAAGGUGCUUAUCAAGGAAUAUGGUUGUGGCCCUUCAGGUCAGGUGGUGUCGCGUUCUACUCCCAUCCAGUGGCUUCCAGGCCACGACCUCCAGUCCGUAAGCCAGGGGAGCCCAGACAACAGCCCUAGCUUCUUUGGGUGGUUUUCAAACCACAGCUCUAUUGAGUCUGACAAGAUUGUCGAGAUAAUUAAUGAGGAACUUUGGCCCAAUCCUCUGCAGUACUACCUUAUGAGUGAAGGGGCACGUGGAGAGAAGGGAAAGGAGGGCAGGCAAGUUCCAGCAAGGCAGCCAACGGAGACUCCUGAGCCUGGAGUAAACAAAUCCAAGUAAUUUUGCACAAGGCUUCCCUCUACCUCCUGCUGGACUGGUGUCUGGCUGACCACAUGUGUUUGACUGUCUGCCUCUUCACGUUGGCCUCCAUGCACUCUUUUCCCUUUGAACUUCAGUUACAAGAAUAUGGCAUUUAUGAUCAUGUUCUUUUGCCUCCCCAUAGCCUUGCUUAUUUACAUUUGUGUCACAGGUUAUGUGAUCUUACUCCUACUGUUUAUAUGUUGAACAUACAUGUUUCGUAUGUGUGCUGCCUUUAUCUAUAUGCCUGGACUCAGUUCUUGGCUUUGGCCUUUCCCAGCUGUCUUUUAAUAUGGACAUUCAUGAGUCAUUCUCCAAGAGGACCAAUGCAUCCUUAAGCUCUGCUCCUUCAGGGCUGGUGACUUCAGUAGGCUUUUUAUUCAUGCUGGCUAUGCAUGCCGCAUAUAGCAAGAUUUUGUGUUGCUGCAAAAUGAAGCUAGUGCACAUGGUACUGGGCAUCAGACAGAACUGAUUGUUUAGUGGCCCUGGGGUCAUUAGCCAAGGCACCACCUAUGGGAUCUCUGGCUUUGGACAGGGGUCCGUGCUGUCCCGCUGGACAUGCAGCAGAAUGGCACUUGACUGCAGGGCAUGAAUGAAGUUCAGGGUGAGAAGCAGUUUGCCAUGUGUUCUGUACCAUCACACAUCUCCUCCUGCCUCUGGGCCCUUUCACUGGUGAAUCUUCAUCAAGCUUCAUUGUGCUGUGCCUCAUUCCUGUUAGGCCGUUGAGUUGUCUAGAUUGUUAUUGGCUCCAGUUGACUUCCUGUUCCACAAGGGCCUCCAGAACUGCCUGUGGGCCCAGGUCCCCUGCCAGUGCUUGAGACACACAUCUACUCUCCCCCCCUUCCAGCAAGCCUAUUUGCUGUCAGACUGAUGGGUGGGCUGGUAUAUGUGAACAUGUACUCAUUGUCAUCGUGCUGUGGUUCCAGAUGAGGGUGGGGACUAAGCUUACAUAGAAUCUAGGUCCCUUUCUCAAUUUCCCUUAUCCCUUUAUCAUAUAUGACCAGAAUGCUCUAGUGGGGUUGCUGGGAAAGAGGUUAUUUCGGAUAUGUAAGCCUGUGUUUACUUCAUUUCACACCCUGAAAGUUUUGUUCAGUCUACAUCAUUAAUGUGUUUUAUAAAUAAGAGAAACAAGCCAAAAACAGAAUGAUGUUACUUUGGAUGCUUUCUCUUUUGUUCUAGGUGUGGCCUUAUGUAUGUGAAAUAUUAAUGCUGCUUAUUUUGCCUCUAAGUACAAUCUUAACCACAGUCCUCAUUUUUGCCAGAUGGGAGUAUAGAGCUGUAUAGGUCUGCUUUGUAUUUCUUUUAAACUUUUUCCUCUUUAUUAUGGACAUUUUCAGACAUGCACAGAAGUUAAGAGGAUGGUCCAUGGACCCUAUAUACGUAACACCUGGCUGUAUACCUAAUACCUAAUAACUGGCUGUAUCAGUUAUUAAUUAUGAUCAAUAUGGUUUCAUCUGUAUCUCCCUCUUCCUGCCUGUAUUGUUUAUCAGAAGUCCAAGACACUGUGCUAAUUCAACUGUGACUAUUUGCAUCAGGUCUGCUUUUUUGCUCUUAAUGUUAACUAACAAAGUUCCAGAGAUGGGCCUUAGAAUUGAAGGUCUUCAGAAAUAACAAGAAGUCUUAAAAAGAGAUGGAGGGGAUACUUUCCCCUGCAUCCACAAAAAGAGGGGGACUAUUCUGUUGUAAAUGUCUUUCUUCCCUGUGUAAGAUGAGGACUUGUGUGACUAUUAGAAUUGUUAUCAGCUUGUUCUGAUCUUAUAACUCCAGUCUUGGAAGUAUAAUUUGGAAAUUGUUGCUAUGUUCUGUGAAAAUAACUUCCCAAAAGUAACCUCCCAAAACUGAUUGUCUUACUAAUUUGACACCGUAGUAAUAAUGCAAUUAUUUCUUUGUUCCUAAACAGUUUAAAUAGUUGUAAACUUGCAUGCAUGAUGGAAAAAUAAAA